AUGUCUCGUUUUUUCGCAUCCACUUAUGAAUAUGAUACUUCAAGUUCAUCUUCUGAAGAAGAUUUACUCUCUUCAUCUGAAGAAGAAUUCCUAGGUUCCUCUUCCGGAGAAGAAUCUGAAGAUUCCAUCUUCAAUGAAUCCGAAUCUGAAGCCGAAUCCGAUUAUGAUACAGAUGAUUCCGAAGGUAAACCAUAUGGCCCUGAUUGGUUUAAGAAACCAGAAUUUAGAAAGCCAGGUGGUGGUAGUGGAGCUAAUAAAUUCUUGAAAGGUGCCAAUUAUUCCGAAUCUGAUGAAGAAUCCAGCGACGAGGGUAAGAAGGUUGUUAAAUCAGCAAAGGAGAAAUUGUUAGAUGAAAUGCAAGCUGUUUAUGACAACAUCGAAACCGCAGAAAUGUCUGAAGACUGGAUCAGUAUCUCUAAUGAAUUUGAUAAUAUUACUCGUUUGUUAGUUAGAGCACACCAAUUAAGUUUAGGUACUCCAUACAUUUUCAUUAAGGUUGUUGCUCAAAUAGAAGAUUUGGUUUCUGCCACUUCUCAAAAUGAUAUUAAGAACAAAGCGGUUGCCAGAGCAUAUAACACCACCAAACAAAGAGUUAAGAAGGUAUCCAGAGAAAAUGAAGAACUAUUGGCUAAGUUUAGAGAAGACCCUGAAUCAUUAGAAAAGGAAAGCGCUGCCGAUAUGGCCUCUUCUCUAGGUGGUCUACAAGCGGUUAACUUUGGUAAGGCAGCCAACCUAUCUGAUGUGGCUACUGCCACUUCAGAAGUAAGUUUCUUUACUACUUUGCGUAUUGUUAUGGAUUCAAGAGGUAAGAAGAAUGUUAACCAGCAAGAUUUAUUGAAAACAUUGGAAGAAUUGUUAGAUUUGGCUAAGAGCCCAUAUGAAUCCAUCAUGGCAUAUUUGACAUUGGUUCCAAUGAGAUUUGAUGUCUCAUCUACCCUAUCGUAUCAACCAAUCGAUCAAUGGAAGGCAUCUUUUAACGACAUUGUUAACUUAAUGACUAUUUUAGAUAACAAUUUUUCAACUUAUCAAGUUUCUGAGUUAGCUGCCCCAGCUGAAUUCCUUGAAGACGAACCUGAAGCUGAUUCUAAUGGUGUUAAGAAGUUAUUAGGGUCUUUAUUCUCAUUUGUUGAAAGAUUGGAUGAUGAAUUCAAAAAGUCCUUAUUGAAUAUUGAUCCACAUUCUAGUGAUUACUUGAUUCGUUUGAAGGAUGAACAAUCUAUCUACAAUUUGAUUUUGAGAGUUCAAUUAUACUUAGAAGCUACAUUACCAGCCGACGAACAGGAAAGAUUGAUAGCUCGUGCCUUCGUGAAGAGAUUAAACCACAUUUACUAUAAAUCAGAGAAACUAAUUGCUAAAAUGGAAUCCAAUGCCUGGAAGUCUGUCCCAUCCAAUUAUUCCUCCAAGUUUGUUGCACGUCAAGAUACUAUUGACAGCGCUUAUGUCAAGAACCUUGUCAAUACGCUUUCUGGAAUUCUCUCCAAGAAUAAUAACAAUGAUGUGCGCAUGCGUGCUGUCCUAUAUAACAUUUAUUUUGCUGCAUUGAACGUUGAUUUCCACCAAGCCAAGGAUAUGUUAUUGAACUCAGGGGUUCAAACUCACAUUAACACUUCUAACCCAUCCCUACAGAUCUUAUUUAAUAGAGUUGUCGUUCAAUUAGGUUUAGCUGCAUUCAAAGCCUGUUUGAUCGAAGAAUGUCAUCAAGUCCUAAAUGAGCUAUUAUCUACUCCACAUCUAAGAGAAAUCUUGGGUCAACAAACUUUACAAAGAAUCAGCAGUACGACAGAUGAUCGUGAACAGCAAUGUCUACCAUACCAUCAACAUAUCAAUCUUGAUUUAAUCGAUGUCGUAUUCAUGACUUGUUCAUUAUUGAUUGAAAUACCACAAAUGGCUGCGUUCUUCUCUGGUAUCAAGGUCAAGAGAUUCCCACAUUCUCAAAAGUCUAUUCGUCGUGCCUUAGAUUACUCUGAGAAGGUCAGUUUCCAGGGGCCACCAGAAACACUAAGGGACUUUGUUUUAUUUGCUGCAAAAGCUAUGCAAAAGGGUGACUGGAACAAGUCUAUUGAAUAUUUGAAAAAAAUUCAAUCCUGGAAUUUACUACCUAAUAGUGCUACCGUGAUGGAAAACUUAACGGAAAGAGUUCAAGUUGAAUCUUUGAAGACAUACUUCUUUACUUACAAGAGGUUUUAUGCUAGCUUCUCUGUUAAGAAAUUAUCUGAAUUAUUCAGUCUACCAGAAGCCAAGAUUAUAACAAUUUUGGAAUCUGUAAUUUCACAAUACGAUAUUGCAGCUAAAUUUAAUGAAGAAAAUACCAUCUUAAUUGUCGAGAAGGGUGAUGAGAUCACCAAAUUAGAAGAAAUUGCCUUGAAAUUGAACAAGGAAGUUAAAAUUGUAAAAGAACGUCUGAACCCAUCUAAUAAUCAUCGUUAA